CCGCCCCUUCCUGCCCUGCUGCCGGCCCGGGGUGGGGUCGAGUCGCCGCUGCUCCGCYGCCCCGGCACAGCCAUGCUGGACUUCGCCAUUUUCGCCGUCACUUUCCUGCUCAUCCUGGUGGGCGCCGUGCUCUACCUGUACCCGGCAUCUAAUCGAGCAUCAGGUAUCCCUGGGYUGGCUCCAACUGAUGAAAAGGAUGGCAAUCUGCCAGAUAUCAUUGUCAGCAGCAGUUUACAUCAGUUUCUUGUGAACUUUCAUGAGAAAUAUGGGCCACUGGCCUCCUUCUGGUUUGGAAGGCGUCUUGUCGUCAGCCUUGGCUCCAUUGAUCUCCUGAAACAACAUAUUAACCCCAACCGGUUGGUGGAYCCCUUUGAGACAAUGCUGAAAUCCCUCUUGAGGUACGAGGCCAMCCUGAAUGGGGAUACAGGAGAGAGCCACAUGAGGAGAAAACUGUAUGAGAACGGUGUGACCAAGUCCUUGCAAAAUAACUUUGCUCUCAUCCAAAAGCUGUCAGAAGAGCUGCUGGCCAAAUGGCUCUCCCUCCCCGAAGCACAGCAUGUGCCACUCUGCCAGCACAUGCUGGGCUUUGCUAUGAAGUCUGUCACACAGACAGCUAUGGGCAGCAGCUUUGAAGAUGACCGGGAAGUCAUCCGAUUCCGCAGGUACCAUGAUGCAAUCUGGUCAGAGAUUGGAAARGGUUUCCUGGAUGGGUCUCUUGACAAAAACACGACUAGGAAGAGGCACUAUGAGGAUGCUCUUGUGGAGAUGGAAUCCAUCUUAAGGAAGGUUACAAAGGAACGCCGAGGCAGAUCAUUCAACAGGCAUGUCUUUAUAGACACCUUGCUGCAAGGGAGCCUGAGUGACCAGCAGAUUCUGGAAGAUACAAUGAUUUUCUCCUUGGCAGGAUGUGUAAUCACUGCUAAYUUGUGUACUUGGGCAGUCUAUUUCCUGGCAACCUCAGAAGAUGUUCAGCAGAAUCUCUACAAGGAGAUGGACCGUGUUCUGGGGAAGGGACCAAUUACACAUGAGAAAAUGGAGCAGCUCAGGUACUGUCGGCAAGUCCUGUGUGAGACGGUGCGGACAGCAAAGCUUACUCCCAUUGCUGCACAGCUGCAGGAACUGGAGGGCAGAGUCGACCAACAUACAAUCCCCAAAGAGACACUUGUGCUUUAUGCUCUUGGUGUGAUGCUGCAGGAUAGUUCAUCUUGGCCAUCACCAUACAAGUUUGACCCAGAGAGAUUCAAUGAGGAAUUAGCCAUGAAAAACCUCUCCUUGUUGGGUUUUUCAGGAAGCCAGGAGUGCCCAGAGUUGAGGUUUGCCUAUAUAGUGGCCACAGUUCUGCUGAGUGUCCUGGUAAGGAAACUGUAUCUCCACCCAGUGAAAGGACAAGUCAUGGAGGCAAAAUAUGAACUGGUAACCUCACCAAAGGAGGAAGCAUGGAUAACAGUGUCUAAGAGAAGUUAGGAGCAAGCAAAACAAGGGAUUAAAAGUGCCAGCAGUGAAGUUCUGAGCAAGGGUCUUAAUGAGAACCAUAUUGGCACCAUUUUUACUCAGCCAGGGAAUUGUCUAUCCAGAUAUUUUUACUUUCCACAUUCUUAACCACAUGCCUAUCUUUGGUUCGUUUUCUAAUUCAACCAGUAGUCAUAUUAAAGUAGAUUUAAUCUAUAUGUCUUUUUUAUAUUUUCUUUUGGAUCUCUUGCCAAACCUUUGCAAAGGAAGGAACAAAACCUUGCAGUGGUGUAUGUAUGAACUACUGGAUUUCAGCUAGUCAAAAACCAGAGCCUCUUUCCCACAGCAGCCAGAGCUAGGUAUGAGUGCACUUCUUAUCCAGUGGAAUGCUUCAUUCUGGGUACUAGCUAAAUAAGACCUUGGAAACACAAGGACAAACCCUUUCUCUAUAUAUAGGUAUUUUUAUUCAAAGUGUCUUUCCUUCCCUUGAGCUAUAUCUGUCAAGAAGAGCAAAUAUAUCCUGUGAGAAAUAUGUGUGAGUGUGAGAAAGAGAGAAAUGAAGUGGGGUGGCAACURCACCACCAGUUCUCUUGCUGUGUAAGCUUGCCAUGCUGUGUAGUUGCAAGAGAAAGGAUGACUGAGAAAUGCAAGUAAACCAACAGGAAUAAAAUUGGUUUGGCCCCUGAGAAAACAAAAUCAUCAGUAAUAAUAUAAAGAAAUAAAAUACAACCACAGAACAAAGCCCCAAGAAAGAGAGUCUCUAUCCUGACAAUUCUGAGGGCAGUGUCUAAUCUAAUCAACAUCAGAAAUUGACAGAUGCUUGCAAUUUAUUCAGCACUGGGUCAACAUGAGACUGGUCAUGCAAAUACUGGAGUGCUGAUUUURUAGGGCUCUAGAUUAAUGUUGUACUUAGUAACUUGAAMGCCUUUCAAAGAAUCUUUUCUUCCUCCAAAAUGCCAGCCAAACAAGCAGUGAAUGCUACAUAUUCACAUGCUUUCUCCUGAUUCUUCCAUUCUUUUUUGUCAAUCCUAGGACAGCUCCAUUCAGAGCCCCGCUGAAUGGUUUGCAAGGCAGGAACCUCCUACCCCAUCAUUGCACUGGACUAAUUGCCAUCUGACUUACUGGUUACAUUGUGUUUCUCCCUUUUUUCUCUUACACAGGAUCRCUCUUUAACUGACCUGUAUAAGUCUUUUCUCCAUACACCUGACUUCUCUCUUAGCCCCAGUUCCCAGUCCCCCAUCUCCACCCAGCAGCUGAGGAGUGAGAGGUUUCUCAGCCCAUAGCAAAGUCUGCUUCAGCUGUACACAGCUGCCAGUGCACCCCAGAGCAGGCCAGGAGUGUGUGCCUCUUGUUUGAGUUAUUUUUCACUGCUUGUCCAGACAGAGCACACAUAACUGGKAAGUGCCGUUUUUCAUUUCUACAGAUACUGGUAUUUUCACUGGUACCUUCCAGGUCAGGAAAUCUGCUGCUCUUUUAAAAACGUUCUUCCAGUUGUCUGAGGUGUGCCAGCCYGAAUGCAAUACUGUCAGCUCUUACGAAGUUAGCAGCUGAUGCCAGCCUCUGUGGG